GUGCCUACUGUCUGUCUGUUCUGGACUAUGACAACACCAAAGGGCUGAACGUGAAGCACUACAAGAUCAGGAAGCUGGACAGCGGAGGCUUCUACAUCACAUCGCGUACGCAGUUCAGCAACCUGCAGCAGCUUGUCAACCACUAUCGCAAGCACGCUGAUGGGCUGUGUCACAGUCUGACAGACAUCUGUCCUGUGCUGAAGCCGCAGACUCAGGGCUUAUCCAAGGACGCCUGGGAGAUCCCCAGAGAGUCCCUGCGUCUCGACCUCAAGCUCGGGCAGGGCUGCUUCGGAGAGGUCUGGAUGGGAACAUGGAACGGUACGACACGGGUGGCGAUUAAGACCCUGAAGCCCGGCACGAUGUCCCCUGAGGCCUUCCUCCAGGAAGCUCAGGUCAUGAAGAAGCUGAGGCAUGAAAAGCUGGUUCAGCUCUACGCUGUGGUGUCCGAGGAGCCCAUCUACAUCGUCACGGAGUACAUGGGACAAG